AUGCCGAGAAUAUUUCGCCUACGGACCAUUUUGUCGCUUAUCGCUGUCAUCUGGAUGUGCGGACUUGGAUUCAUCUUUUAUAAUUCGCAGAACACCGAAAAACGACCAUCUCGAAUAAUUCCGCAAGAUUUGAAGCCGAAAGUGGUUCCGGUUGAGCCGAUCAAAUAUUUUGCGCCGAUUCCCACAAUUAAUCUAGCAGAUGACACGACGAUUCAUGAGCGACUUGAAAAUGGCGUCACGUGGAAGACAUUCGACGCGAAGAAAUUCUUGGAAAAAGGCAAAUGGAAGCCCGGCGAGGAUAAAUACAAGGCGAACUCGUUCAAUUUGGAAGCGUCGGACAAAUUGGAGCCGAUUCGCAAAAUUCCGGAUAGUCGAGAGCCGUACUGCAAAGAUGUGAAUCUGAAUAAGGCGAUGAAUGCGACGUCGGUCAUCAUCACCUAUCAUAACGAAGCGAGAUCGGCACUGUUGCGGACGAUUUUCAGCGUUUUCAACAUGUCGCCGGAGCAAUUUUUGAUGGAAAUCAUUCUUGUUGAUGACAAUUCGGAAGAUGUCUCGAUGGGCAAAGAGCUCGCGCAAAUUGAGAGGGUCGUCGUGCUUCGCAACAACAAUCGCGAAGGAUUGAUCAGAUCGCGAGUGAAAGGGUCCCAAGUGGCGAAGGCGCCGAUUCUCACGUUUCUCGACAGUCACAUCGAAUGCAAUCAGAAUUGGUUGGAGCCGUUGUUGAUUCGAAUUGCCGAGAAUCCAAAAACCGUCGUUGCGCCAAUCAUUGAUGUGAUAAACAUUGACAAUUUCAAUUAUAUCGGAGCUAGUGCGGACCUUCGAGGCGGAUUCGAUUGGACCCUCGUGUUCCGUUGGGAGUUUAUGAACGAGAAGCUGCGAAAAGAGCGUCACAAUAAUCCGACGGCGCCAAUUAAAUCGCCGACGAUGGCUGGUGGAUUGUUCGCGAUAUCGAAACAAUGGUUCGAUGAGCUUGGCACUUAUGAUUUGGACAUGGAAGUGUGGGGUGGAGAGAAUUUGGAAAUGUCGUUCCGCGUUUGGCAAUGCGGCGGUUCUCUGGAGAUCAUUCCGUGCAGUCGCGUCGGCCACGUGUUCCGCAAAAAGCAUCCGUACACGUUUCCGGGCGGUUCGGGAAACGUGUUUCAAAAGAAUACGCGACGAGCCGCCGAAGUGUGGAUGGAUGAGUACAAGUCGAUCUAUUUGAAGAAUGUGCCGUCGGCGAGAUUUGUGAACUUUGGCGACAUUUCCGAUCGAUUGGGAAUUCGCGAGCGAUUGCAGUGCAAAUCGUUUGAUUGGUAUUUGAAGAAUGUCUAUCCGGAGCUGAAGAUCCCGAAACGAACGCCGGGAAAAUCGUUUUCGCUGAAAAUCGGGAAUAUGUGUUUGGAUUCGAUGGCGAAGAAGGUCAACGAAGCGCCGGGAUUGUAUGGAUGCCAUGGCACCGGCGGAAAUCAGGAAUGGGUGUAUGAUAAAGCGACGAAACAAUUCAAAAAUGCGAUCACGAAUUUCUGUUUGGAUUUGUCGAAAGAGGACGUGGUAAUGGUCGAAUGCGAUAAGAAUCGUAUCGAGACGAAAUUGUUGGAAGACAAAGGCUGGGUGGUGCAGAACGGCAAAUGUUUGACGAUUCGCCAGAAUUCGUCCGACGGCGAAUGGAAAUUGGUGUCGGAAUCGUGUCGCGUCGACAAUGGCUCCCAGCGUUGGGUGUUCCAGAAGCUCGAAACGUUUGAGUAG